GACGACACUCUCAGUGCUGAGCUGUUUCGCGGACGCUAGCAAAAGCGCUUGCGUAGGUUCAAGCGAACAAAAAAAGGUGUGGUGGUGUCGAUCGAGUGGUUGGCUCGUAUCUCUAGAGGCGACACUGCAGAGGACAGGUUACUACGUACGUAAGCCGCACGGAUAUCAGUUCCCACUUUGCUAGCCAGCCACCAUGACCGGUCAACAGCAGGCAACAACUCUAAUGAUUAUGAAUAAAGUGUUGGAAAUGCAGGAUCUUCGUGAUGUACAAGAUGCCCUGUGGCCAGCACGAACAGCAUGGAGAAAUAUCGGCAUUCGCCUUAAGUUGCCAAUCCAUGACCUGGACGCUAUUGAUGAAGAAGGCGGAAAGCCUGGAGAAAAAUUCACUCGCAUGCUCACCACAUGUUUGAAGAGGCUUGAACCACUGACUUGGAAGGACCUCAAGGAUGUGCUGAACCAUCAAACAGUUGGCAUGGGAGAUGUAGCGAAGGAACUCCAGAUACAGGACAUCAACUAAUUUUAAAGAUUGUGAACAGUUAAUGUUUUAUUUUUUAGCCUGUGUAGAAGAUUUAGUGGAACUGUUAUGCUAAAGUUUGUUAAAAGUUCUUCCAUUUAGCCGUAGAUAGCUAGCUACCAUCCGCCCUGUUACAACACAGUUUCAAUUUCCUGUGUGUCGGGAGUAAAUAGAAUAUUC